AUGCUUAUUACUUCACACGUUAUCAACAAUCUUUUCCUUCUUUCCCUUAUCAUAUCAAUUGAAGCUGGUAAAAGAACCAGUGAAAGAUGUCGCCAAUUAUUAGCUUGUACACUAAACAAAAAUUGUCUUAAGAUAUCAUACAUUGCUGAUCAAUUUAAUGCAUCCAUAAUUACCAAAAAAGUUUAUAAUGAUGUGGAUUCGAGUAUCGAUUUUGGUUGUAUAUUUGCAUUUGGUUGCAUGGAACAAUGUGACAAAUGUCCACUUUGUAAGAUAAACCGGGAACAAUUGCUUGAUACUUUAUCUGGUAGUCAACAAUCUUCAAGAAAUGAAUGUUCAAUUUUGGUGAAAUGUGCUGAGCUAUGCGUACAACAAUCAACAUCUAGUUUUGUUGAAAUUAAAAUUGCUUACGUGAUCAAUGCGCUUAUUAUUGCUUCAAUGGUUCAUGUCCAAGAUGUAGCGCUUUUGUCACACGACUUUUUACAUUAA